AUGGAGGUCAAUGGCGCAGCCUGGAAGCCAUCGAGCUGGAGAUCGAAGCCCGCGAAGCAAGAAGUGGUCUACGACGACGAUGCGAAACUAACUAGGACUGUUACAAAAUUAAACACAUUACCUCCACUUGUUACUCCUUAUGAGAUACAGAAGCUCAAAAGCUCUUUACGGGAGUGCGCCCUAGGUAAUGCGUUCCUGCUCCAGGGUGGUGACUGUGCUGAACUCUUUGACUACUGCAAUCAGGACAUGAUCGAGGCCAAGAUUAAGCUCCUCCUGCAAAUGAGUUUAGUCUUGAUCUACGGCGCAAGGAAAAAGGUCGUUCGUGUUGCAAGGAUGGCUGGGCAGUACGCAAAGCCGAGAUCGAGUCCUAUGGAAAAUGUCAAUGGUGUUACAAUGCCAUCGUUCAGAGGAGAUAUUCUAAACAGCUACGAGCCAGAUCUUAAAGCAAGAACGCCUGAUCCUAGUCGUCUAUUAGAGGCUUACUACCACUCAGCUGCAACACUGAAUUAUCUUAGAGGCGCUCUCUCUUCGGGUCUAGCAGAUUUACAUGCACCACUCGAUUGGAGUUUGGGUCACGUUAUCGAUUCUUCGGUCAGGAGCAAGUACCAGCAAAUAGUCACUCGGAUCAUGGACACCUUGGAAAUGAUGCGUACGAUCGGUCUGGACACCGGAAGUGGAUUGGAAACAGUCGACUUGUUUACUUCGCACGAAGGUUUGCUCUUAGAGUACGAGGAAGCACUUACACGACGACUUCGCCAACCCCAAAACACACCACUACAAACUUCAGACACAACAACCUCAAAAUCCUCACAAACCAACGGCACAUCCACCUCUUCCUCUCACUAUAUCCGCAAAUCCUCCGUGUCAGCCUCAAACCCCCUAAUGUCCUACUACAACACCUCCAGCCAUUUCAUCUGGAUCGGCGACCGCACCCGUCAACUUACCCACGCCCACGUCGAAUACUUCCGCGGCAUCGCCAACCCCAUCGGCGUCAAAGUCGGUCCCACCAUGCCCGCCGAAGACAUUGUACCACUCCUCGACAUCCUCAACCCAACCCACGAAGUCGGCAAAAUCGUCCUAAUAACCCGCUACGGCCACGAUAAGAUCAAACACCACCUCCCCGCACACAUCAAAGCCGUUCAGGCCUCCGCGCACAACGGCACAGUCGUCUGGCAAUGUGAUCCCAUGCACGGCAAUGGACGUAACGCAACAGUAGACCUGCCAGGAACAGGCGGAACACAAACAAUCAAAACGAGACGAUUCUCCGAUAUCCUCUCUGAGCUGCAACAGGCCCUGCUGAUACAUCAAGAGCAUAAGUCGUAUCUUGGUGGUAUGCACUUGGAAUUAACGGGCGAAGCGGUCACGGAGUGUGUUGGAGGCGCUGAGGGCUUGACGGAGCAGGAUCUGAGCUUGAAUUACACUACCUUUUGUGAUCCGCGGUUGAAUGAGAAGCAGGCGCUUGAGUUGGCUUUCUUGGUCGCUGGGUUUUAUAGGGAGGCUGCGGAGAAUGAGAUAUAG